AACUGUGAAAUGGCCUGUUGGCUUCGUGCAUGCUUUCGUGCUUUCGUGCAUCCUUAUAAACCGUGACGAUUUAAGAGCUUGACCAAUGCUAUGGCAAGCGACAUGCAGUGAGCAAGGCCGUAAAAAGACUGAAGACUUCUUGCAACGUGUCAAGUUGUACAAAGGCUGGAAGAGGGCAGUCCUGCAAACAGGCUAUACAUUCAAGCUCGACGAAGGCGUUGGAAAAGCGAAGAACUUCAGGGGUCAAACCGCACAUAAAUACGCACGUUGCACUUGGCGGCGUCGUAAACAGCGCCAUCAUCGCCUCGGUCACGGCGAAACGACGCGUACCCGCCGACGACGAUAUCGACUAACCCUCUCGCCCGCCGCCCUUGGCACAGUAUGUAGCAGACGGCAGCGAAGCGCCACGCGACGGCCACGCCAUGAGCGCAGCAGACGACGCCGCUGUGGAUCGGCUUAGCGCUAAGGAACGCGUUGCCCUCGAGCAGUUCAGAAUCUCAACGGCCGAUCUUUCACCGCCGUCACGGGAAGACUGGUACCUGCUCAAAUGGCUGCGAGCCAGGAAGUUCGACACGAACGAUGCGAGGAAAAUGCUGGUCGAGCACAUCGCCUGGCGGAAGAAGUACCAAGUUGACACCAUACUGGAGGACUACCAAGCCCCCACGGUGCUGCUGAAGUACUUCCCUGGUGGCUUGUUGGACUGCAGCCCCGAUCGCAAGCCAGUGAUCAUAGCUCCUGUGGGACAGGCAGACUUCAAAGGCAUGCUCGAAGCCGCAUCGCGCACUGACCUACUGCGCCACUGCAUCUACCUCCUGGAAUCACAAGAGGAGUUCAAGAGGCAGGUCACGCUGCAGACUGGAGGCCCUCGGAUCGAAACCAUGCACGCAUUGGCGGACAUGGAAGGCUUCUCUUUCUGGCAGCUUUCGUCUCUGGAAGUGGUGUCGGCACUCACCGAGGUGGUCCAGAUGUACGAAGCCAACUACCCGGAGAUCCUGGAAGAGGCUUUCAUCGUAAACGCGCCCACUUUAUUUCCCAUGUUGUGGAACAUCAUCAAACCUUUGCUGACUCCGAGGACCAUAAGCAAAGUGCACAUAUUUGGAAAAGAUGGUUGGCAAGAGCUACUGAGGAGCCGCAUGGACGUUGAGCGGCUCCCCGCAAAAUGGGGCGGCAAUCUGACUGGACCGGACGGCGACGAAGGCUGCAGACACCUAGUCUGCCCUGGCGGUCCCAUCCCGGACGAGUACCGGCGAAAAUGGUCGGAAUCCGCAGGUGCAAAGUCGCACACUAUCGGUGCUGGCAGCAAGUGGACUCUGCCGGUACCCGUGGCGCGAGCCGGCUCGGAACUGCGAUGGGACUUCUGCACGUUGUCCGGAGACGUGAUUUUCGCUGUGCGAUUCCGGCCGUCCGGCGGCGCCACAGAUGCGGACAAGCCACGUGACCUGGUGGCUCCCAGGAAGGUUCCCUUCAUGCGCCACGAGCCCCAUAGUGGUAGCCUUUGCUGCCAGGAGCCAGGAACUUACGAGCUCGUGUUCGACAACUCGUACAGCUGGCUGACGCGCAAGGAAGUGAGUUACAGUGUGCAGCUGCUGCCACCACCGACUGGCAGUUAGCCCUGACGGAGGAUGGCGCAAGAGCGCGCAGUGGACCAAUGCAGUGCCCGCGCCGCUCCGGAGCCACCGAGCUCGACGAGGCGAUUCAUCUGAGGAUCUUCGGCGACCCUAUCCGUGGUCGCACACGACGUCAUGGGCGCCAUAUUGGAUUCUAUUUACAGCUCCCUCUGUGUAAAGCCCUUCCAUCCACGCCUAGGGGGGUUUUACCUCAGCGUAGCUUGAUACAAGGCGAACGAAUUGAGGCGCAGUUUCGUAAUGGUACGUAGUACUCCGACGUGGCGGUUGCGGUGACGUCUGUCGGCAGUGCGCAGGGAUGUAUGUCGGGAAGGGGGACGACGGGAGACGCCAGUGCUGACACUCUGGCCAGUAAACGGCAUUGAACGGUGCACGCAAUGGCAGACUGCCCUAUUAAUAAAAUUUAUAAGCCCUGCAAAGCCGCGUCUACGUUUCAUGUUCAAGAAAACUCGUGCGAACCCGUUUGAUCUUAUGGAAUUGCAUCUUGGUCUUUCUUCUGCUGGAAAAUGACCUAUCCCGGUACCCCUCCUGCUUAUCCACUUCCGGGAUUUCCGCACAUCUAAUUUUUGUUACGCUUUUAGCGUAUUAAAAGAGCAUUAAAGAAGGAAACUGAA